GUUUCACUCUCUGCAUUGCAGCCUGAGCGCUGCUGCCGGAAUCCAACACAACAAUGGCGACUCCCAGUCCUGACAGCAACUCCACAAGCUCCAGCAACAGCAGCAACAUCGUAGGAUCCACGUCGCACCAACUUCACCAGCAGACACAGAGCAGCAGCAUGCAAGAAACCAACACCUGCUGGAGAUGUCAGAAUGAAACAGGGUUUCAGAUAAGCCUGUCUGGAGUUUCCCAAAGUAAACGUAAAGCCCUGAAGCUGAAUUUUGCCAACCCUCCAGUGAAACCGACCUCCAGGCUGCCGCUCAAUCCAACGGCUCCCUCUUUCCAAAACCCUCACAUAGAGCGCCUGCGGACACACAGUAUCGAGUCGUCGGGGAAGCUGAAGAUCUCCCCGGAGCAGCAUUGUGACUUCACUGCAGAGGAUCUGAGAGACCUCGGGGAGAUCGGCCGCGGAGCGUAUGGCUCCGUCAACAAGAUGGUCCACAAACCCACGGGCCAGAUCAUGGCUGUCAAGAGGAUCCGCUCCACUGUGGAUGAGAAGGAGCAGAAACAGCUGCUGAUGGAUCUUGACGUGGUGAUGAGGAGUAGCGACUGUCCCUACAUCGUUCAGUUCUACGGCGCCCUCUUCAGAGAGGGGGACUGUUGGAUUUGUAUGGAACUUAUGUCUACCUCAUUAGACAAAUUCUACAAAUAUGUAUAUUGUGCAUUAGAUGACGUCAUUCCAGAGGAAAUAUUAGGCAAAAUAACAUUAGCGACCGUUAAAGCACUGAACCACUUAAAAGAAAACUUGAAAAUAAUUCACAGAGACAUCAAACCUUCCAACAUUCUUAUGGACCGAAAGGGGAAUAUCAAGCUGUGUGAUUUCGGCAUCAGCGGUCAGCUGGUGGACUCCAUAGCCAAGACCAGAGAUGCAGGCUGCAGGCCUUACAUGGCACCUGAGAGGAUAGACCCCAGUGCUUCCAGACAGGGCUAUGAUGUCCGGUCUGACGUGUGGAGCUUGGGAAUCACCUUGUAUGAGCUGGCCACAGGAAGGUUUCCUUACCCCAAGUGGAAUAGUGUUUUUGAUCAGCUGACACAGGUGGUGAAAGGAGAACCUCCUCAGCUCAGCAACUCGGAGGAGCGGCAGUUCUCUCCCAAGUUCAUCAACUUUGUUAACCUAUGCCUUACAAAGGAUGAAUCAAAAAGGCCAAAGUACAAGGAGCUUCUGAAACACCCCUUUAUUCUGAUGUAUGAAGAGCGCUUCGUGGACGUCGCCAGCUACGUAUGCCGCAUCCUGGAUCAGAUCCCCGCCUCUCCCAUCUCUCCUAUGUAUGUGGACUGACUGAGUUAAGCUGGGGAGCUUGGGGAGGGGGGCAGGGGAGUCGGGGAAGGGGGGGGGGGGGGGGGCGGCGGUCACCCAACAUGCAGUGGGUGGAACACUAAGCUUUGUGAAGCGACGCUUAACAUCUUAGCCGUCAGAGUUACGUAGGAUCACCUGUUUUAUUCACAUGUUCCAAAGAACAAAGGAACCGAGUCCAAAUUGCCCGGUGCAAUGAGAUGAGUAUUGUUAAGCAAACACAUCCACCUCCCAUCACCUCGUUCAGAGUCCGUGAAACCCGAAAUAUUAUCAUCACCAUCAUCAUCAUCAUCACCACCUUCAGCCAGAAAAACUUGAAGACGUAACAUUGUCUUAGUAAAAUGCAAUGCCUCGUUUUAUGUGGGGAAAAAGGAAUAGAGUAUACAUAUAUCGUAUAUAUAUAUAUAUAUAUAUAUAUAUACUUGAACUCGUACACAAAUACAGAAUCUACCAAAUAAAAUGUUGAACAGUGACGCUCAUGACGUAUGAACAAAAAUAGCCACCUAUUGGAUUGUACAUUGUGGACUGUACGUAUGCAUCUGUGUGUUCACCUCUGAAUUGUUGACAUGUACAGACGUAUGCCGAUAGACCUACUGUCUAAACACACACACACACACACACACUUCACACAGUUUGUGGUCGGCACCUUCACUCAUGGUAAAUGGAAUGAGUAUGCAAAAGUGUUUCCCUCUGAAAGCUCAUGGAUAUGGUAGUGUGGCUUUACUUCUUUGUUUUUUGUUUUUUUUUUUCAAUAUGCAAUCUGUGAGAGUUUGUCUUGACUCAUGACUGGGGACAAAUAUACAUUUCUUACAUCCACAGCGAGCCCCAGCUUGUACCUUUCAUUUAUUAUCAUUAUUAUUAUUAUUAUUAUUAUUACUCUUGAGUCAAAGAGCUAAGCAUCUGCUUUUAUGAAGGAUAAAUCCCCGGUGAGCUUCAAAAACCCCAGAAGGUCAUUUAACAACACAGGUAUUUGCAGAGUCUUUAAAGUCUCUGUCCGUUAUGUACACUGCACAAUAAAAAAAAAAUCUGUUAUGUAUAGUUGCUGUUCGGUGGAUUUAAGUUGUGAACAACUAAAACUUGAAAUGAUCUUUUUUUUUUUGGCUGAAAAGGCAGAAACAUUUCAAUCUUGAGCGUCUAAUUAACGUUCACCACCAGCAGCUCCAUCCUGGAAAUGAGCUCAGCAUGUUAAUGUUCAUCAAAUGUAGCCGACUUAAUAUUACACUUCAUUUUGUUUCAUAGUUGAUGUGGCUGUAUGAAAGUUUAACUGUUAAAGUUCUCCUGAAGGUGAUGAGCUGAGACUAGACUCAGUUCUCUGGAGCAACCAACUGCUAAAGCUCACAUUUCAUUUCAGACAUGACUGAACUAAUGUUGACUUACAACUGAUAGAACCUCAGUUUUUAAAUUCAGACUGACGAAUUUUUGUUUUGUUUUUUUAAAUCUGGAAAUAGUUUUUCAGCAACUAUUUAUCCUGCAGAGAAGAAGAUGCUAAUUUCUAAAGACUAAAAUAAUAAUAGAUGAGAGAAACAAACUGGGGCUAAGCCAGUGCUACGUUGCCUGAUGUAAAGUUACUUUAGGACGUCAUGUCCCUCAAUGUAAAUGUGUAUGUAUAUAGUGCAUCUAAUCUGCUGUUUCUGGCAGGCUCUGCUCGACACUUAAGGCUCUUUUCUGAAACACAGAGAUGAUCAGAGGUUUAGCUUCGGUUUGAGAAAGAGCCUUAAUGCUCCUCAGCAGCCUGUCAUAGCACUGUACAGUUAAACUGCUCAUCCACACUGAUCACAGGUCCAACAUACUGCCACACAAAGGCAAACAGCAGUAACUACACAAGUCCUGGGGUUUUCCUGUUGAGACAAAUGAUACCCGUCGAUGCUGCUAAACGACAAACUGUCCACUAACCACACACCUGUCAGGAGAGGAGGAAGGAAGGUCGCUCCCCGGAUAGUUACUGCUCUUUGACCCUUAAGGUCACCAUGAACUCAGCAUGCUCCUCUGUGACUCGGCAUGUCUCUCUGGCUUGCACUGAUGAUAGAAUGUUUCCACGCCAAACCAUGUAUUACACCUGGGAUGCGUCUCUGUAGUCUAAAGACACGUUCCCUCGCCUGUCUUCCUCCACCGGCGCUGAUUUUUACUAAAAGUUUACCGUACUGGACCAGGUGAAAGGGAAGCUGCAAAUCUGAGACUAUUGAGAUCCUCCCUGUUAUUCCCUCUCAGAAAGCCAUGUCUGCCAGGCAGGGUCUCUCACCCACAGGAUGGACAUUAGUGGACAAACGUCACACAACUUGGAGUUAGCUACGUAAUCAAACUGUGUGUAGGGAUGCUAAUCCUUCAACACUGGGACGCUGUAGAGACUUGUAAUAAAUGACUUUUCAGUGUGAGGAUGGCAUUAUUUAUAUUUUCUUUCCCAUGAAUCCCGUGAAUAUUAAAUUGAAAACAGCCUCGUCCUUCAGAUUCUAAUAAUGUAAUUUUUUCUUUGUGUUUUUGGCAUUUACCUCCACUACAGGCUUUAUUACAUUCAGUGUCAUUACAUUAAAGGAACUGCCGUACCUAAAGGGACACUGCAGUGAUUUUAGUAUUGUACUUUAAAAAAGUUGGGAGUCUCACAAAGAGACAGAUUUUAACAAUAAAAAAAAAAAAAAAACGGUCAAAAUUGAUGCAGCAGAGGCUGAGAUAUCCUGCCCUAACAGCGCUUCGUAUGGCACAAGCUCCAAAACAAAAGUUCAGACGAGUUAACUGAACUUUGUGUAAAAUCGGCGGAGCUCCCCUUUACAUUCUACCUAAACGUCUACGACACGGGCCUCUACAGAUGUUAGCCAUGUUGGAGGAUGGUCUCUAUGGUCUUGUGGCGUACUCGGGAGGGCGGAACAUUACAAACCAAGAUGGGUGGAGAGGGUCACUGUAGACCAGACACGGUUCUCUGUCCAGUUCACCAGGAGAAUUCUGUCAGCUCUGUUCUUUCUAAUGGUGAAAUGGUGCAAACCCCUGAGAAAGUCCACGGUCGCAUUUAACACAACAGAAGAAGCUGUUUCACUGCAAACAGGUCUCCAGGUCUGUUCUUCUCUCAUGAGAUGUGUUUCCAGGAAGCUAACUUACCACUGGUGAAUAUGAAUCUCCAGGGUACAUGUUGUAUAAAUUGCAAUUUACUAGAAUGUUCAUAUUAGAUUAUAAGAUAAUAUUAAGGGCAAUGAAUAUUAUAUUGUAUCUUUAUCGAGGGUUACAAAUAAAGUUCCCAUGGAAAAGAUGAAAAAGCUGUAUUGUGUUUCAUUUCUUCUGAUUUGGACGUAAAUAAAAAAAUAAAGUACCUGCGGAAAUGAA